AGUAACGGCCGGGCGGGGCCGGUGAGGAGAGUCCGGAGGGCCCCCCCCAUGAGCCCACCCGAGGGGAUGAUGGCUGAGUCCGAUCCUGGGGACAGAAACUAUGACAACAUGCUGAAGAUGCUGUCUGACCUCAACAAGGACUUGGAGAAGCUGUUGGAGGAGAUGGAGAAGAUAUCUGUUCAGGCGACCUGGAUGGCCUAUGACAUGGUGGUGAUGCGCACCAACCCUGCCCUGGCGGACUCCAUGCGGCGGCUGGAAGAUGCCUUCUUGAACUGCAAGGAGGAGAUGGAGAAGAACUGGCAGGAACUGCUAAAUGAAACCAAGCCCAAGCAAUAGGCCGUUCCCUCCCUCCCCCUCCCCUGUGCCUCCGCGACUCGGCCGCGGUGGGAAGAGAAUGGGGCCCUCGGUGGCUGAGAAGGAGGGACCCGAUCUAUAGUGUGUAUGCACAAGUGCUCACUGCCCAGUGAAGGUGUUUUCAAGCGCA